AGACCGUUGAACGCAAUAACACCACAACGACUGAGUAAAGCUGGGUGUGUCGGUUGUUUUCCUGGUGGGAAUGCAGCACGGGAACCGUUUAACCGUCAGCUGUGAUCGGUCUCCGGGACAGACGGGGGCAGCAGGAGACCGGAAUCCGCGCGCCAACCUUUAGGCACGAGGAGCUGGGAAAGAAAAGACCGCAGGCACGCGCACUCGUGGACGCGCACCGACACUAAAUCCGCUAGAAUACUAAAGCCGUCCCACACCAGGGAAAGAUGACUGUUUUUAACCGUUUAAGCGAAUAAUAAUACACGGACCAACUGUACGUGUUUUUUAUACCCUGAAGGAAACUAAUGAAUUACUCCGUGGAAAGCGACUCGGUCAUUUUAAAGGACUCUUAUCCCGUGUUUUUUUGUUUUUGGCAGAAGAAAGAGCUCCGCAGGGCUGUCGGGCCAGUGGGUCGCCAGGAGUUGGAACAACGACGAGCCUCCAGUAACACUUUUAUUACUUUACAGCAACAGAUAAUCUUUUUUUGGACGAACUUUAAAUACUAGAAGACGUCUAGGUGAUCCGUUGGUGUUUUCAGGCGUUAACAAUGACCCGUGAUGUGAGAAAGCGCGUUUCAGUGGACCGUCCAGAACAGUGUCAAAGGCUAAGCUAGGUCUGAGAAAAGCCUUCAUAGUCGUUAUAACUAAUGACACACACAUGAUCAGCCAAAGACCGACGCUGAAUCUAUACUUCUGUUAAAGUUGAAUUCCUUCAGGAACUUUCCAGCUGAAUAAACCACGAUGUCGUUUUUUAAUUUCCGUAAAAUAUUCAAAUUGGGAGCGGAGAAGAAGAAGAAACAGUACGAGCACGUCCGCAGGGAUGAAAACCCGGAGGAGAUCUGGGAGAUCAUCGGUGAGCUGGGAGAUGGAGCCUUUGGAAAAGUCUUCAAGGCUCAGAACAAGCAGACGGGCGUCCUCGCUGCAGCCAAAGUUAUUGACACAAAGACUGAGGAGGAGCUGGAGGACUACAUGGUGGAGAUUGACAUCCUCGCCUCCUGCGACCACCAAAACAUUGUCAAACUGCUCGAUGCUUUCUAUUACGAGAGCAAACUGUGGAUACUCAUCGAGUUCUGCGCAGGAGGGGCCGUGGAUGCUGUUAUGCUCGAGCUGGAGAGACCCCUGACAGAGCCUCAGAUCAGGGUGGUGUGUAGGCAGACUCUGCAGGCGCUCGUCUACCUCCACGAAAACAAAAUCAUCCACAGAGACCUGAAAGCCGGCAACAUCCUCCUCACGCUGGACGGUGACGUCAAGCUGGCGGACUUCGGUGUGUCUGCCAAGAACACCAAAACACUCCAGAGAAGAGACUCUUUCAUUGGAACGCCGUACUGGAUGGCUCCAGAGGUGGUGAUGUGCGAGACAUCCAAGGACCGUCCGUACGACUACAAGGCUGACAUCUGGUCCCUCGGGGUCACCCUGAUUGAGAUGGCACAGGUUGAGCCACCAAACCAUGAGAUGAACCCCAUGAGAGUUCUGCUGAAAAUAGCCAAGUCCGAUCCUCCGAUGCUGAUGCAGCCGUCACGCUGGUCUCCAGAUUUUAGUGAUUUCCUGAAGCGCUGCCUGGACAAGAACAUCGACAACAGAUGGAGUGCGAUGCAGCUUCUGCAGCAUUCAUUCGUGUCUAGCGUGACGGACAGUAGGCCACUGAGGGAGCUGAUCGCUGAGGCGAAGGCUGAGGUCACCGAGGAGAUAGAAGAGCACAAAGAAGAAGAAGAGGAGGAAGAGACAGAGGCACGUCUGGGUCAUAAACGCGCUCCUUCUGAUGUCAGCGUCGGCAGUUCUGAGGAUGAGAAGAUCCCCCUCUCUCCCUCCAGCUUGGAAUCAGUCCCUGAGAAGGCGGAGCCAAUUCUUCCAUUGCCCAUACCUGCUGAACUCCCUGUGGCCAACCACGUGGUGAGCACCAGCUUCGUAGAGGAACCUGCUUCUCCUGCUCCUGCUCCUGCUCCCGCUCCUACUCCCGCUGCAGCACAGCCUGCAGAGGAGGCAUUAAACACUCCAGUUAAGGAUGAAGAGGCAGAAAAGAAGCCGGUAGAGGAAGAAGUUCCAGAAGUUCCUCUGGCUGAUAUCACCCCACCAGAGCCAGAGUCUGAGUCGGAGACACCUGCUAAGGAACUACAGCAGCUGGAACUAGCUGUGGAGGAUGAAAAGGAGGUGGACACAGCCGAGGAUGAGGAGCGCUCAGAGGUCACUGAGGCCUCUCAGGAGGAAAAGACGCCCAUCACAGAGGAAGCAAACACUCCAGCAGAGAAGGAAGAGGAGGAGGAAGAUCGGUACAAGCAUCUAAAAGUGACUCUGACACUACCAGAUCAAGAUAACGCUGUCCUGAAGGAGGAGGAUGGAGAGAAGCCCACAGAGAAGGAUGAGAAGACGGUGCCAGACAGAGCGAAGGACGACAAAGAGAGAGAUUCGGAUUCUGGAAACAGCUCAGCUGCAGAUAACAGCAGCGUAGACCUGAAUCUGUCCAUUUCAAGCUUCCUGUCCAAAGCAAAAGAGGCUGGAUCUGUUUCCAUACAGGACACCAGGCGGCAGAAGAAGACGCUGAAGAAGACUCGCAAAUUCAUUGUGGAUGGAGUGGAAGUUAGCGUCACGACAUCAAAGAUCAUCACAGACAAUGACACCAAGAACGAGGAGAUGAGAUUCCUCAGGCGACAGGAGCUGAGGGAGCUGCGUCUCCUGCAGAAGGAGGAGCAGAGGGCCCAGCAGCAGCUCAGCAACAAGCUGCAGCAGCAGAAGGAGCAGAUCUACCGACGCUUCGAGCAGGAGACCACGAGUAAGAAGCGACAGUACGACCAGGAGGUGGAGAACCUGGAGCGGCAGCAGAAGCAGACGAUUGAGAGGCUGGAGCAGGAGCACACCAGCCGGCUCAGAGACGAGGCCAAACGCAUCAAAGGCGAGCAGGAGAAAGAACUCGCCAAGUACCAGAACGUGCUGAAGAACCGCAAGAAAGAGGAACAGGAGUUUCUGCAGAAGCAGCAGCAGGAUCUGGACAGCGCCCUGAAGAAGAUCAUCCAGCAGCACAAACACGAGCUCGCCACCAUCGAGAGAGACUGCCUCAACCACAAGCAGCAGCUCCUCCGAGCACGGGAGGCCGCCAUGUGGGAGCUGGAAGAGCGCCAUCUGCAGGAGAAACACCAGCUGCUCAAACAGCAGCUCAAAGACCAGUACUUCAUGCAGAGGCAUCAGCUGCUGAAGAGACACGAGAAGGAGAUGGAGCAGAUGCAGCGCUACAACCAGCGUCUGAUCGAGGAGAUGAAGAACAAGCAGACGCAGGAGAAAGCCCGACUGCCCAAGAUUCAGCGCAGCGAAGCCAAAACCCGCAUGGCCAUGUUCAAGAAGAGCCUCCGCAUCACCGGAGCCAUCAUCAGCCCCGAGCAGGAGAGGGAGAAGGUCAAACAGUUCGCAGCUCAGGAAGAGAAGAGGCAGAAGAACGAGCGGCUCCACCAACAGCAGAAGCACGAAAACCAGAUGAGAGACCUGCAGCUCCAGUGUGACGCCAACAUCCGCGAGCUGCAGCAGCUGCAGAACGAGAAGUGCCACCUGCUGAUCGAACACGAGACCCAGAAGCUGAAGGAGCUGGACGAGGAGCACAGCCUGGAGCUGAAGGAGUGGAGGGAGAAACUGCGACCCAGGAAGAAGGCGCUGGAGGAGGAGUUCGCCAGGAAGCUGCAGGAGCAGGAAGUGUUCUUCAAGAUGAGCGGCGAGUCGGAGUGCCUUAAUCCCUCCACCCAGACCCGCAUCUCCAAGUUCUAUCCAAUCCCCAGCGUCCAGUCCACCGGCUUCUAGAGGACACCGACGUCUACACACACACGGACAAACGAACGGAUGCACCGAUGGAGACGGUGAAGACAAAGCCGUGCUGCCUUGCCUCUGACAGCUGCAGAGACUUUUCCUCUGUUUUCUAUCAGGAUCCAUUUGAAGGAGAGUUCGUGUGAAGUGCUCAGUCCAACCUUCCUGAAGUAUGUUUCUAAACAGUGCAGUGCCUGCAGAGUGUCGGCAUUUAAAUUCAGUUAAUUUCCAGUUUUAUUUGCUGCUCGACGUUUUUCCCGUUUAGAUUUUUGCACAAAGGAAAUGAUGAAAAAUAGUUUUACCACUAAAUCUGAAUAAAUAAGAUCAGUAAGUAUCACUUUUAAGUGAUGAUGAAGGAGAAUGUAUUGCAGAUAAGAGGACCCUCCUGUCGAAGGACUGAUGACGUUUGAUGAACUCGUACAUAUCUGUGUGUGCUAGAACCUUAGCUCGUGAUCUGUUGCAUGACUUUAAUGCAGCGUUUAGGAACUUUUACUGCAGGUUUUUCUUCAGAAUGCCUUCAGUCUUGAGCUCAAGACUAUUAGUUGUUUAGGAACAAGCCCUGUGAGGAGGGCGGAGACUGUUAGCAAGUCACUGUGGUGACAGGAGGAAAGCAUUUACGCACCCGUCAGCCGGGUCAUUUUCCUUGUUGUUGUCUGUAGGAAUGAUAUUCAGGGAUGAAGAAGGAAUACAAACUGCAGUUUUUAAGACAAAUAACCGGACGAUGAUGUGACGCUGCGAUCUGAUUUUAGGGUUAGAGCGAGCUUCCCUUCAGGGUCAUCUCCUUGUGUUCCUCUGGAUUAUUUCUGCUCGUUUUAAAACGUUCGAUGGAAUUCGAACCACUUUCCCCACAAACACUUCUGCACAUCUGUUGCACACAGAUCUGACUUUCACGUUCUCGCCUGUUUCUCAAAUUAUUUUCUUCUAGAUUCAGUGUUCGUCUCUCCUCCACUAUUGAUUUAUUGAAGGAUGCUUUCACAGAGAUCUCUGCUCACCACCUGCUGUACUCGGCAGGUUUGUUGAUGGAGGCGCUUCACACAGGCACAGUGAUACAAAGUGUCUUCCACUGCUGUAGAAUAUAGUCCCGAGGUGCACGAGGAGAUGAUCUUAACUGAGAGAUCAAACUAAGUCAUACGACUCCAUCACACCUCAUAUUUGCCUCGUCUGUAUUUUUGCUGCCACAUGCAGCUCAGCAGGUUUGGAUUCAGACUGUAACACUGUUUUAGCUACUAGCCUUAAUGCUACAGACGUGGAUACCCUGCAUACCUGUUGCGACUGCCUUUGAAGAAUUCUGAAGCUUAUUAACAGUUAUUGAGGAGGUGGGACGGCUCUUUAUUAAAAAAUACACAACAUGAGCUUUUUGCAGUUUUUUAUUAUUAUUAUUAUUAUUAUUAUUAAAUCUGAUGUAAUGUUAAAAAAAAAUUGGACCUGACUGGUUUAGGCCAUCUCCUCCUCUGAUUGGUUCAUUUGAUCAUCUCAUCUUCUUUGAUUGGCUGUUAUUAGUUAGUCAAAGGUGUUUCAUAUCAUAUGUACAAAAAACAAAACUCAGUGAAGGAGUGCUGUGCACCUUUUACAAAACGUCCUCAGCAGUUAUUUAUGUACGAAAGCUGAUCGUCCACCACAAACAGUUACAAAAUUCUGGUUCUUAACUUCUGAAUGUUGACUAUAAAACAAACAAAAAAACAUCACAUUUUAUAACAUGUAUAGUUUUUAGAAGGCCUGUAAUGCUGAUUUUCAUUUUCAUGUAAAUAA